AUGUUCCCCACGAGCGAGUCCUCCAAAAAACGUUCCCACACGAGCUCUGUCGCUGGCGACGGCCCGGCCUCCCGUACGCGGAGCCGGAGCCGCUCGAUCAGCUCCCAUGUAUCCAGCGCCUCUGGGCCUGGUGCAUUCCCAGCGUCAUCUCCCCCCGAACGACCAUCUAAAGUCUCCGGCGCCAUCGUAACGCCUCCCCAGGAUCCCUUUAAGGUCCCCUCUGUGGGUGAUCCUAAGGGCAAGGCCCCUGAGCUCCCAACGCCAACGCCAACCAUGCCUACCAUCGUCCGCCGAAAGUCCGCGAUAGCCCUGCCUACGCAACCACCAGUUACCUUCCCUACGAUCGAGCCUACCGCCGCCUACAAGGGCGAACGUACCCGUGCAGAGAAAUACAAGGCUACAGCGGAGGAGGCGCUUGACAAGGUCCUCUCGCUUCAAGAGGAACUUGACUACCAGCACACCAUGCUUAGGGAUCUCUCUGGCCGCCUUGACGCCCAAGGAGCCCGAGAACCCCGCGAUCCAUCCCCGGAACAACCAGUCAUCCCGGGGAUGGCAGCCAACACCUCCAGCGCCCCUCAGCAUCAGGCUCCAGCUAAUGCCCAACCAUCCCCGGAACCACGAACCUCCGGAUCUCCACAACCCCCGAGGCAGGCCCUGUACGGCACGCCUCUCGGGGCUCACCAAGCCUAUAGUGCCUCGCCGGCAAGCCUUGUUGCAGGCUUUCCUCCUAGCUUCGAGCCUCCACCAGUUCCUCCUCGUCCUCAACCUUUCCAUCAGACCACCACGCCGCCCUUGCACGCCACAUCUCCCGUCCAACGAGCCCCUGAGCCUCCAACAUACAACGCCUACGCUAACUGGCGACCCCGAGACGCGCACCCGAACAAGCCACUAAAGGGGGAAAGCCACAGCGAAUACGGCCCGUGGAGGUAUGCUGUUGACUGCAAGUUCGAGAUUGAUCACCCUCUAUAUCCCAACGAUCCGUGCCCCAGAGAAGACUCUGGCGGACUUCCGCACCUCCGCGCUGACGCCGCGAACCGUGAACUCCAGACCGUGGCUCAACGCCAGAACAAAUCCGUCACCCAGUACUUCCACCGGCUGUUUAUCCUCUGGGACCAAGCCAACACGCUUAAGCAUGACCGCGUGAAGAAGCUCAAGUCAACCCUGAUCCGUAGUGUGGGGACCGCCUUGUAUAUCAAGGACCACCUUACCGUGCGCUCAGUCCUGGACGAUGGCCGGAAGGCGGAGGAAGGCCGCCUGGAGACCUUCCACUACCACCCCCGUGGUGGCCCCCGGAAGCCUCGACCACGAAGCCCACCACUACUAGCAUGA